UCUCCACAGGGCGAUUUUCGGCGGGAAAUGCGACGACGGUAGUCACUAAAAGACACCAAUAGAAAUGGUACUCAAUUAUUUAGAUGAGAAAUUCCAAUACUGCGUUAAUACAUGCGUUGUUUCUUUAGAAAUGUUGUAAAACGUGGCAGAAUCAUUUUAUUGGUUCAACUGCCCUCGCAUGUAGAAAUUUAGGUUGGAGCAAGUAGUGACUGGUAUUGCUUAAAAACUUACGUGAACGUCCAAGGUUUAGUUUCAGUUCAGGAAAAGGCAUUUUAUACAGGUGGAAUACUUUACUGAAAAAUCGUGAGAGCUGUUCCACAGAAUGGCCACUGCUCAGCUGCAGAAAAAUGUUGUGUCGCAGAGUGCAGUAAUGUUUCCAAAUAAAGUAACAACUGAACAGCAGUCACUGAUUUUAGUCAAAAGACUUCUCGCUGUAUCAGUGUCUUGUAUCACUUAUCUAAGAGGGAUCUUUCCGGAGCAUGCCUAUGGAACAAGAUAUAUUGAAGAUCUAUGUGUCAAAAUUCUUAGAGAAGAUAAAAAUUCCCCUGGGUCUACUCAGCUGGUGAAAUGGAUGAUGGGAUGCUAUGAUGCGCUGCAGAAACAAUAUCUGAGGAUGGUAGUUUUGGCGAUCUAUACAAAUCCAGAUACUCCACAGACGGUUACAGAAUGCUAUCAGUUUAAAUUCAAGUACACAAAAGCUGGACCAGUCAUGGAUAUUACAAGUAAAAACAGGAAUAUUUCGAGCAUGAUGGGCCCAGAUACGAAAAAGGCAAGCAUUCUUCUCAUCCGUAAGCUUUAUAUUUUGAUGCAAAACUUGGGACCGUUACCUAAUAACAUCUGUUUGACAAUGAAAUUGUUCUAUUAUGAUGAAGUUACACCUCCAGACUACCAACCUCCUGGCUUUAAACAAGGUGACUGCGAGGGGAUGAUGUUUGAGGGUGAGCCUAUGUACUUGAGUGUUGGUGAAGUGGCCACACCAUUCCAUAUGUUAAAGGUGAAAGUGACUACAGAGAAGGAUCGCAUGGCAUACAUGGACAAGAGCAUACUGAUAGAGAGUGAUGAGAAGUUGCCAGUUCAAACAAUUGAUUUUGACAAUGAGGACCUAGAAGAGCAAAACUGCAGCAUGAAAGAUGACUUUGUUCAAGAGAAUAAAACAGAAGAGAAAGAAGAUAAACAUCGGAAAGAACAAGAACUGAAUCUGAAUUGUGAGGGAGAUGAAGUUAUGAAACCUGAUGAAGACUCAAAUCUGGAUUCUAGUACUCAGCUAGAUCAACUUGUCAGUAAGACAUCAGAAUUGGAGGUUUCUUGCAGGAAGACAAGAAGUGGAAGGGUAAUAAAAACAAUCUCAACCAAAAGAAAUCAGUACAAGAAAGCCAAGAAAGAGCAUCUAAUUGAUUCUUCAGCAUCAGUGAAGAAAAGGAGCUGCUUAGAUCAAGAAAAUCAUAUUCACAGUUUUGAAGUACCUUGCAGCCAAGAUGAAGUCCCCACCCUUAAAAGAAGAAAAUUCAGUGAGCCUGAAGAUCCGUUUUAGAGACUGUUGAGUACUCUUAUGCACCAGUAAAAUUUACUUUUUGCAGCACACAGAAUUCCAAUUUAGAUGUGGCCAAGCUCAUUCUCGUUAAUAGAAAAUAAUUCAAUGUAUUAAUAAAGGAAAUUCUGAAAGAACA